AAGUGACUGAUUAUACAACACUGCCCCCUCUGGAUACCGCCAUAACUGCACGUCCUGCUGCGUUGCUGUUUUUCCUUACCAUUACGAAAAUAACAAGGAACAAUAAUGGAUCAGUAAUUAUGUUUGAUUAUUAUGCGGUUUAGGUUCCGAAACAGAUGAUUGUGUGGUAGAUGGUUACAGGGAGCUCUGCGAUAUUUAAAACGAGGUACAGCUGCUGGGUUAGCGUACAACACUAGUUAGCUAACCAGCUAGCUUCCCUCGCCCAGCUACUUUAUUAUGAAGUCAGAAAAUUGUCCUUAAUUUGUGAAGAUGUUAUGUAGCACUGUUAGUUCGUUUUUAGUCGGUACUGCAUGUGGGACUCCCUAGUGAGUCUUUAGCAAUUUCCCUGCAGACAACAAUGAGCCACCACAGAAACCAGCAGUCAGUAUGCAAGAGAUGGAGAGAGGACACUGACCAAAAUGAUGGGAGACAUAAACUCUUCAAACCAUAUCAUUACCAGUCUGGUCCAUCAGCCCAGGUUUUGAGCACCAGAAGGGAGCUUUACCAAAGAGACUUCCCCCUGUACAAACAGCCUGUGGAAGUGGGUGUCUUUUCCCUCGACUCUCAGCGUAGAUUCUUCAACGACAGCAGACAGAUGAGAUACUACGUCAAACCUGAGAAAAGCCCACAUUUUGACCUGAGGGACGGAUACAAGGAGCGUUAUAUAAAGAGGGAUGAGCGUGUGAAGGAAAAGCUGGAUCACAUUCUUCGGUGGAUCUUGGCCAACAGAUCAAAAGUCACACAGAGGACAGAUACAUCGUCAUCAGCUUUAGACGUUGACUUUGUGACAUGGCGAGGCCAUUUGACCAAACUGCUGACCACACCUUAUGAGACACGAGAGGGCUGGUUGCUGGCCGUCACCAAGUUUAAAGGAACAUUUUAUAUCAGUGAAGUGGAAACAGAAGCGGCUCGCAGGGACCGGGACAACCGUACCGAGCGGCAUGAGAUGAUGAUGUACUGGGGGUACAAGUUUGAGCAGUACAUAUGCUCAGAUAAGAUCGAUGGAUCACCGGAUUCGAGCGGCGUGGUCAACACAAAUGAGGCUUUCUGCACUGUGGUCCAAACCCGCCUCUCAGAUCACAGGCUCCUCUUCUCCGGUGAGGUGGACUGCCGGGAAAAAGACCCCGAUUCUCCUUCUCCUCCCACUUGCUACGUGGAGUUGAAGACGUCCGCAGAGAUAUGUACUCCGAAACAGCGUAGCAACUUCCACAGGUUUAAGCUGCUCAAGUGGUGGGCACAGUCCUUCCUCCCCGGAGUCCCCCGCAUCGUCGCAGGCUUUCGGGAUGACGACGGAGUGGUGGUGUCUGUGGAGACCUUUCACACAUCCGAGAUUUCACAGCUCAUCAAGGGGGAGGACAAGUGUUGGAAGCCAACCGUCUGCAUGAACUUCUGCAGCGACUUCCUGUCUUUUGUCAAACGUGUCGCAACUGAAGAUGAUUCCCGUGUGGUGUAUCUGUUCUCCUGGAACCCACGAUGUGACGUGACCUACUCAGUACACAAGGACUCCUCUUACUCUUUCCUGCCAGACUGGUACAUAAAGGAAAUUGUGUAAAGACCAUCAGUGUCACUGUCAGUACUCAUUUACAAUUAAAAAAAAGA